UUUGUUCUGUUUCGCUUGCAGACAGAAGAAGUUGUGAACUCGAGAGCAUAUCCUCUCGCAGAUUCUCAGUUAUCUAUAACGAUUCUUGAUCUCAUUCAACAAGCUGCUUACCACCAGCACGGUGCUAAUGAAGCUACGAAGGCACUUAAUCGUGGGAUCGCUGAGAUUGUGGUUAUGGCUACAGAUGUAGAUCCCCUGGAUAUUCUUCUUCAUCUUCCUUUACUAGCAGAAGAUAAGAAUGUUCCGUAUGUGUUUGUGCGUUCAAAACAAGCUUUGGGAAGAGCAUGUGGUGUAUCAAGAUCCGUUAUUGCUUGUUCUGUCAUAUCAAACGAUGAAGGAGGUCUGUUGGAAAAACAAAUCGAGCAUCUCAAGGAUGCUAUUGAGAAGCUUCUCAUCUAAAAAAAAACUCAAUCUCUAAUUGAUUGCUCAGUAUGAUGGGUCUCCGUGUAUGUGAAGGCUUUGACUGAAGUUUUGUUUAUAAGCAAAUACCAAAUCAAAAACCGUCCAUAUUCCUAUCUCUUUUACUUCUAAUUUGUUGUAACGUAUAAUAACACCACAUUGAUAAUUGAUACAUUUUAUAU